AUGGCUGAAGCUCAGGUAAAAGCUUUAAUUACUAAACGUGCGGGUACCAAGAAAUCCUUGACUGCAUUUAUUAAUUUUUUGUCCAAAUUUAAUUCUGAGUCUGAUGUUCCUAAUCUUGAAAAGCGGUUUCAUGAUAUCCAGGAAGUGCGUAAAAAAUUCAUAGCAUAUCAAGAUGAGCUUGAAGGGUUGCUGGAAGAGUCUGAUGAACUUCUUGACUAUCGCGUCAAUUUUGACGAUGCUUAUUUUGAUGCUAUUACUAAUGCCGAAAAUCUUUUAUCUAAAUUUUCUAAAAAUUAUGCCUUGGCGCCUGCUAUAACGGUGCAAACGCCCAAUAUUGGUCAAACUGGUCCUACUUCUGGUACUAGUAAUUUAAUUCCUCCAACUAAUCAGCAAUCUGAUACAAUGUCUACUGCUUCGCAAUCUCCUGAUCAAUUUACUUUUCCAAAUACUACGCAGCCAAUAGCUAUGAAUCAGCAAAGUUUAGAUGCUGUAAACCAGCAAUUAUUAUUGUCUCAGCUAUCGCAAAACGCAUUUGAUAAUUUGCAUUCUUCGAGCUUACCAACUAUUUCCUUGCCAACUUUUAGCGGGAACUUUGAUGAUUGUUGUCUGAAAGGUGAAGCAUCUGAAGUUAUCUCGGCCAUCGGCUCUUCCGAUGGUAAUUAUAAAGUAGCUUGGGAACUUUUGAAAGAAAGAUAUGAUGAUCUUUUCAUUCCGAGCCUUUCUAGAUUGCACUUGCGUGCUCUUGCCGCGUUGGAAGAACCCACUGAAUCAUGGGAUUCCAUAUUAAUUGUAUUGCUUCGAGAAAAACUUAACUCAUCUGCUCGUGAGAGGUGGGAAGAUUGCAGUAGUGGCGUAGUUCGGCCUACUAUAAAAAAUUUCAUUGAUUUUCUCAAAAGACGCACUCAGGUAGAGGGCAGUAGAGCUCAGUUUUCAGCUUCUAAGCCUGCUCAGGAAAAACAUACUUCAAGAUUCAAUAAGCAUUCGCAACAAGCGUUUGCAGCUUCGACCUAUGAAGCCUCUUGUGUAUUUUGUAAUGAAACUGGUCAUCAAGUUUAUAGCUGCAAUCAAUUUGCAGCCUUAACGCCUUAUGCUCGUUUCGAAGCAUCAAGGAAUGGUGGCUGGUGUACUAAUUGCCUGAAAAAAGGAUAUCGUUCUUCGAAAUGUACCUCUCAAGCAUGCUGCAACUGCAAACAAAAGCAUCAUACCUUGUUACAUUUCGACAAAUCAAAUAAUUUUGCUUCUGAAACACCCAAAACUCAGGUUUCAUCGCAUUUUGCAGCAAAUUGCACUAAUAUGCAAGCUCAAACAUCUUCUCAAGCCUUAUUAGCCACUGCCUUAGUUGACAUUGUUAACCAUCAAGGCAAAAGUAGAACCUGUCGUAUAUUUUUAGAUGCAGGUUCGCAAGCACAUUUCAUAACUGAAGAGAUUGCUAGCUUCUUAAAUCUCAUUAAAAAACCAGCUAACAUAUAUGUUACUGGAAUCGACAAUACAUCGACUAAUGUUAAAUUUUCUACUCAAGCGAUAUUGCGAUCCAGAGCUAGCAAAUAUGAAAAAUCUGCUGGAUUCCUAAUCGUUCCUCAGAUUAGUCAUGCAAUGCCAACUAUUGUAAUUAAUCAUAUAGAGCUUGGCAUACCUAAGAACAUCAAAUUAGCAGAUCCAGAGUUUUUCAAGCCUUCGAAGGUUGAUGCUCUAAUUGGUGUUAAAUUAUUUUACAAAUUGCUUAGCAUUGGACAAAUUUCUUUGAAAAAUCAUUCUAAUGCUAUUUUACAAAAAACUCAACUAGGCUGGAUAGUGGCUGGCGAAGUUAGUCUGUCUUCUCAACCUUCCAGAGUAUCUUGUCAUGUAUCUAUACAUUCUGAUCCUCCUGAUAUAAAUUUAACCCGUUUUUGGGAAAUAGAGGAGCUUCCCUCUGGUCCAACGCUAUCCUCGGAAGAGAAGGCUUGUGAGGAGCAUUACGCUCUUCAUACGAGAAGACAUCCAGACGGAAAAUAUGAAGUUAGAUUGCCAUUUAAUAGCAAAAAAUCCGCAUUAGGUGAAUCAUAUUCAACAGCAUUGAAACGCUUUUAUGCUUUGGAGCGUAAAUUUCAACAAAGGCCUGAAAUCCAGCGUGAUUAUAUUGAAUUUUUAGAUGAAUAUUUGUCAUUAGGCCACAUGUCCCUUGCAGACAACCAGGAUGCCAGAGUCACAGGUUAUUUUUUGCCCCAUCAUACUGUAUUGAAAGAAGAUAGCAUAACAACAAAAACACGUGUCGUUUUUGAUGGUUCAGCGAAAACUUCCUCUGGAAUAUCCUUAAAUGACUCCCUUAUGGUUAUUGUCAACUCGGAAGAUGCUCAAUAUCAAAAAAUACUUUUUCGUCGAAAAACUUCCGAGCCUAUUCGUACUUAUGUACUUAAUACAGCUACUUAUGGCACAGCCCCAGCUUCUUAUUUAGCUAUCAAAACAUUAUUUCAAUUAGCUGAUGACGAGGAGGAACACCUUCCGUUAGCAGCUAAAAUAUUACGCAGAGAUUUUUAUGUGGAUGAUUGUCUGUCAGGGGCAAAAACUGUUGCUGAGGCAAUCACUCUGCGCGAUCAGCUCAUUACUAUGCUAAAAAAGGGUGGAUUCAAUUUAAGAAAAUGGGCAUCUAAUCACCCUGCGCUACUUAUCAAGGAUCAAGAGCAUCCGGAAAGCUCGCACAUGUCGUUAGAUCCUGAUUCAGCCACGAAAACGUUAGGCAUUCGAUGGCAUGCUCGUGACGAUUAUUUCUUCUAUGUCGUAAAUAUUUCUAAUCAGAGUAAUAUUACUAAAAGAACCAUCUUGUCUCAAAUUGCAAAGCUUUUCGAUCCUAUUGGACUCCUAGGUCCCAUUAUUGUACACGCUAAAAUUAUCAUGCAACUUUUGUGGAAGAUUGGUGCUGCAUGGGAUGAAUCUGUUCCCAUCGAAAUUCAUUCUUCUUGGUCUGAUUUCCGAGGCCAGCUUCCACUCAUAGAAAAAUUGCACUUUCCUCGUGGAAUUACGUUACCGAACGUAACAAAAUCACAGUUGCAUGGAUUUUGUGAUGCUAGUGAAAAUGCUUAUGGUGCGUGUCUAUAUUUGCGCUCACUUGACUCUAAGGGGCAGGUGUGUAUUCGUUUGAUAUCCUCCAAAUCACGCGUUGCCCCAGUCAAGCCUCUCACACUGCCGCGACUAGAACUCUGCGCUGCAUUAUUACUUGCUCGACUCUAUUGUGCAGUGAAACCAGCUAUUCUCUCGGAUGCACAUGAGUCAUAUUUAUGGUCAGAUUCUACUAUCGUGCUGCACUGGAUAGAUACUCCAGCUCAUCGCCUAAAAACUUUUGUGUCAAACCGUAUAUCAGAGAUACAGACCCUGACAUCAUCUUGUCAUUGGCGGCAUGUUUCGUCUCAAGACAAUCCCGCCGAUCUUAUAUCGCGUGGUCAGCUUCCAUCAGAAUUUGUUGAAGCUUCCAUUUGGUUUGAUGGACCCUUAUGGUUAGCCAAGGAUAUUUCUUUAUGGCCCAAAGGAGUUCUGACUCCAAUAGUUAUUCCCGAAUUGAAACCUAUAAUUCCAAACACAUUUUGUAUGAAAAUUGAAAUCAAAGAAUUCAAUCUCCUCGAAAAAUACAGUUCUUUCAAUAAACUUCAGCGAAUUAUCGCAUAUAUAUUGCGUUUCAUUUGCAAUUGCAAAUUAUCCAAAACCAAGCGUGCGUUUGGCCCUUUACAGGCUACUGAGUUAAAGCGCUCGCAUCAUUUGAUAAUUCGGAUAGUUCAGUUAUCAGCAUUCAAAACAGAGAUUGAGCUGAUUAAAAAUGGAGAACCACUUCCUCCCAGUAGUAAAUUGAUUCCGUUAAAUCCAAUCUUGGAUGAAUUCGGAAUCUUGCGCGUAGGAGGUAGACUUGCCUGUGCUUCUAUUGCUGAAGACCAACGUCAUCCAAUUUUGCUACCUGCUCAGCACUUCUUGACAAGGAUAAUUAUCCUAUCUGAGCACCUCAGGCUAAAGCAUGCUGGUCCACAAGCUACCUUGUACUCGAUUCGUCAGGUAUACUGGCCCAUUAACGGUCGCAACAUUACGCGUAAUCUUAUUAGCAAGUGUAUACCUUGCUUUCGUGCCAAGCCGCGCCUUGCUGAUCACCAAAUGGGAAUUCUUCCAAAACAGCGUGUGACAUCUUCGCGCUCAUUUUUGCACGUUGGAGUGGAUUACUGUGGCCCUUUUUAUAUAAAAGAAAAACGUCAUCAUAAUCGCGCUCGUAUAAAGACAUAUGUCGCAGUAUAUAUAUGCAUGUGCACAAAGGCUAUUCAUUUAGAGCUUGUCAGCGACCUUACCACUGAAGCCUUCCUGGCUAGUUUGAAACGCCUCUUUUCAAGAAGGGGAAAGGCAGUUGAAAUCCAUUCCGAUAAUGGUACAAAUUUUGUUGGUGCUAAAAAUGAGCUUAGUGAGUUAUACGAAUUAUUUAACUCUAAAUCACACCAAGCAGCGAUAGCUAAUUUUUAUAAUGAGGAGAGGAUUGAAUGGCAGCCCAUUGACGUCAUUUCCACAGGUAGACUUCACAGAUACACAAGUGAAUCGGUUGUCAGCAUGGCAACAUGCUCAACAGCUCAAACAGCAUUUCUGGAAGCGUUGACACAAGGAGUACCUGCAUCAGCUGAUAAAAUUCUCUGGAACUCAACGGCAAUCAACGUCUCUCAAGAUUGGCGACUUAGUGCUUAUCUCAGACGAGAAUUUACCUCCUCUCAAAUGGGCAGUAGGAAGAAUCAUUGCAGUUCAUCCCGGAAAGGACAACGUAGUUAG